AUGGCCACCAAAAGUCCUCCAAGAAAGCGAAAAGAUCCUGGCGCUCCCGUUUCCCCUCCACCCCUCAAAAAAGCCGUGAAGAGCACAACUACAAAAUCCGCAGUUGCAAGCUUUUUCACGCCAGCCUCCCAGAAGCCAAAAGAACGAACGAUAUGGUCAGAACGAGGUCCCUCCGAUGACGUUCCCGCAACCCUCUUGGUAGGCAGAUACGAGCCAGAGAAGAAAGACGAUACAGCCCAUCAAAAGCGACGGAAGAUUGCCGCAUUUGAUCUUGAUUCAACGCUCAUUACUACAUCGUCGGGAAAGAAGCACGCCUCCAAUGCAGCUGACUGGAAGUGGUGGGACAGUAGAGUUCCUGGUCGGCUACGAGAGCUGUAUGAGCAGGAAAACUACCAUGUCGUGAUUCUCUCCAACCAGGCUGGAUUGACGCUGCACUUUGACGCAAACUACAAGGGACCAAAGGCUACUGCCCAGAAACGUGUUGCGGAAUUUAAACAAAAAUGCAAUGCUGUGCUCACAAGUCUCGACCUCCCCACAUCCGUCUAUGCGGCCACAGCAAAGGAUAUUUAUCGAAAGCCUAGGAUAGGCAUGUGGAAAGAACUCUGCGAUGACCUCGAAAUUCCUGAGGAGGAGAUAGAUCUAAAAGGAAGCUUUUUCAUCGGCGAUGCGGGUGCAGUAGCAAAAGAUUUCAGCUGUUCCGACAGGAAUUUCGCACACAACGUCGGCAUCGAUUAUCUAACGCCUGAAGAGUUUUUCCUGGGAGAGAAGCCCAGGGACUUUAUCCGGGAGUUUGACCUAGUAAAUUUUACACUCCCAGACGGAGACGGAGAAGCCGACGCUGCUAAAGACCUCUUUGAGAGGAAAAACGACCAAGAUGUCGUCUUGUUCUGCGGCCCUCCCGGAGCGGGAAAGAGUACAUUUUAUUUCAAAUGCCUCAAGCCGCUCGGAUAUGAACGAGUGAAUCAGGAUACACUAAAGUCCCGCGACAAAUGCAUUCAAGCUGCCCGAGAUUUGCUCAAAGAGGGCAAAUCUGUAGCUGUUGACAACACCAACCCAGAUCCCGAUACGCGGGCUUUGUGGAUCGAGGUGGCCAAAAAGGCGGGCGUUCCAAUCCGGUGUGUCUGGUUUUCAACACCAGUAGUAGUAUGUGAACAUAACGAUGCAGUUCGAGCGAACAAUGCCACACUCAAUCCAGAGAAGAGAGAGAUCCUGCCCAAGCUGGCCUUUACUGGAUUCUCAUCAAGGUUCAAAGAGCCAAAGGAAAAAGAAGGCUUUCAGGAUGUGACGGAGGUAAAAUUUCAAUUCCGAGGCACAAAGGAGGAAUACGCCCUCUGGGGCCGAUAUUGGAUAUGA